AUGUAUCAGUAUUAUGAUAAGAAGAAAAAUCCUUUACACGAGAUAGCACUAGUGUCCUUCACUCUCGGAGCUGUAAUAGGCUGUUGUAUAAUAUUAGUUGUAUCAGAAACUUGUACCGAACAUUCUCAACUAUUGAUAUACUGCACCAUAAUUUGUAUCUAUUACUUAAAUGAAUUCCUAACCACAUCCCUCUUUCAGCCUUCGAGGACUAGCUCAAAACUGUUUUUAAUUUAUGGAAACAAAGGUAACAAAGAGUUCUUUAUGGUUCAGCUAAUCACAGUAUGGGAGUUCUUACUUAAAAGAAGUAUCUUUUUCUCCGGAUUCAUAACUUACUCAAGAAGCUGGUAUUUGAUAUGCUCUGGCUUCCUUCUUAUCGUCAUUGGUUUCUUUAUGAGGACACUAGCAAUGGCGACUUGUGGGGAAUCUUUUUCUCAUAUAAUUAUAACUGAAAAAGAGAAUAGAACAAAAUUAAUUACAACAGGAAUUUAUGGCUGGUUCAGACACCCGAGCUAUCUUGGAUUUUGGCUUUUCAGCAUUGGGUGCCAACUCUUCUUAGAGAAUUCCUUGAGUCUAGUUGUUACUAUUAUUAGCCUUGGCUACUUUUUCAAAGUCAGAAUUGAAUUUGAAGAAUGGUUUCUAAUUAAUAGAAUGUUCGGAGAUGAAUAUUUAGAAUAUAAACUGAGAGUUGGAGUAUGGAUUCCAUUUGUGGUACUUAAAGAAAGGUAA